CCCGCCUCCAGGCACGUCACUUUCUCGUUUCUGCAGUUGUUCUGUCAGCGGAAUCGUUUACGCUGAAUUGCACUUGAACUGGGGUUAAAAACACUCAAAGAUGACCGCUCGGGUUAUGCAAGCGGCGAAAUGCCCAACGGACGAACUGUCGCUGACCAACUGUGCCGUCAUCAAUGACAAGGAGCAACAGCUCGAACAACAUGUGAGCGUGCGCAAUGCAGGCCACAAGUUUGUGUUCACCUUGAAGACACAUCCCACUGUUAACUCUGGGUCCAUCGCCUUCAGCCUGCCACAGAGAAAAUGGGCUGGUCUCUCGAUUGGACAAGAGGUUGAAGUAACAAACUACAAGUUUGACAAGAACAAACAGCUCAUAGGCACCAUAACGGUGGAAAUCGACUUUCUGCAGAAGAAAACUGCGGACAGCAACCCGUACAACUCUGACAACAUGGCCAGUGAGUUCCUCCAGCGCUUCAACAACCAGGCCUUCAGCGUGGGGCAGCAGCUGGGGUUUAGUUUCAGUGAGAAGCUGUUUGGUUUGGUGAUUAAAGACAUUGAAGCAAUGGACCCCAACAUCCUGAAGGGAACACACAACUCUGGAAAGAAACAGAAGAUUGAGAUCGGUUUGUUGCUGCCAAACAGUCAGGUCAUCUUUGAGAAGUCUGAAACAUCGUCCAUAACCCUGAUCGGGAAGUCAAAGACCCGUGAGUCCCGUCAGUCCAUCAUCAGCCCGGACUGGAACUUUGAGCGGAUGGGUAUCGGCGGCCUUGACAAAGAGUUUUCUGACAUUUUCCGCAGAGCCUUCGCUUCCAGAGUCUUCCCUCCAGAUAUAGUAGAACAGAUGGGCUGUAAGCAUGUGAAGGGAAUCCUGCUCUACGGACCCCCAGGCUGUGGUAAAACCCUGAUGGCACGACAGAUUGGCAAGAUGCUCAAAGCCCGCGAGCCAAAGAUCGUCAACGGCCCAGAGAUCCUCAACAAGUACGUGGGAGAGUCUGAGGCCAACAUCAGGAAGCUGUUUGCAGACGCAGAGGAUGAGCAGAAGAGGCUGGGUGCUAACAGCGGCCUUCACAUCAUCAUAUUCGAUGAGAUCGAUGCAAUCUGUAAACAGCGUGGCAGCAUGGCGGGCAGCACAGGCGUCCAUGACACCGUCGUCAACCAGCUUCUGUCCAAGAUUGACGGGGUGGAGCAGCUCAACAACAUCCUGGUCAUUGGUAUGACCAACAGGCCUGACCUGAUAGACGAGGCCUUGUUGAGACCGGGAAGACUGGAGGUGAAGAUGGAGAUAGGGUUACCGGAUGAAAAGGGAAGAAUUCAGAUCCUCAACAUCCACACAGCAAAGAUGCGUCAGUACGACCUGCUCUCCUCUGACGUGGACAUCAAGGAGCUCGCAGUGGAGACGAAGAACUACAGCGGUGCUGAGUUGGAGGGUCUGGUCAGAGCUGCACAGUCCACCGCCAUGAACAGACACAUCAAGGCCAGUAACACAGUGGAGGUAAACAUCGAGACAGCAGAGAGGCUGCAGGUCAGCAGACUCGACUUCAUGGCCUCGCUGAACAACGACAUCAAACCUGCAUUUGGUACCAACCAGGAGGACUAUGCCAGCUACAUCAUGAACGGGAUCAUCCGAUGGGGCGACGCCGUGUCAGAAGUCAUGCAGGACGGGGAGUUGCUUGUGCAGCAGACUAAGAACAGCGAUCGCACGCCCCUCGUCUCUGUUUUACUGGAGGGUCCACCCAACAGUGGAAAAACUGCUCUGGCUGCUAAAAUCUCUGAAGACUCCCAGUUUCCUUUCAUCAAAAUCUGCUCCCCUGAUAAGAUGAUUGGACACUCGGAGAUCGCCAAGUGCCAAGCCAUUAAAAAGAUAUUUGAAGAUGCCUACAAGUCCCAGCUGAGCUGUGUGGUUGUGGAUGACAUUGAACGUCUGUUAGAUUUUGUCCCGAUUGGCCCUCGUUUCUCCAACCUGGUGUUACAAGCUUUACUGGUGCUGCUGAAGAAACCUCCUCCAAAGGGUCGUAAGCUGCUGAUCAUCGGCACCACAAGUCGCAAAGACGUCCUCCAGGAGAUGGAGAUGUUAGACGCUUUCAGCACCACCAUACACAUCCCCAACAUCUCGAGAGGAGAGCAGCUGAUAGAGGCUCUGGAGCUGCUGGGCAGUUUUGAGGAUGUGGAGCGGGCCAGCAUUGCUAAAGCUGUGAAAGGGCAGAGUCUGUGGAUCGGUAUAAAGAAGCUGCUCAUGCUGAUUGAAAUGGCCGUGCAGAUGGACCCUGGUCACAGAGUCAGUAAGUUCCUGAGUCUACUGAAGGAAGAAGGAGGACUGGGUUCAAAUAAGUUUGUGGCAAUCUAGACUGGCUGGAGCCGUAUAGUGACAAAGAGGCAUCCUUCACUGUUGCCGAGGAACGGAAGCCCUUAAAGAAGCUGGCAGGAGGAAGCAAGCGAGAGAUAGUUUCCGUCUGUCUCUCUUUCUCUUUCUGCAUCCUUCCUUCUCGUCCCUGAAGCUCGGAGCGCUUCUCUCUGCACUGCAGCUCUCUGCAGCCACCAUCCUCCUCCUCCUCUUCAGCACUAUGUGAACGUGUAAAAUAAGAAAAAUACGCCGUGUUUGUGGCAUCUGUGUAUAUUGCAUUUUGACGACAAGUGCUGUGCUCUCUAUGUGAGGCCUUAAGCACUCCGUGGGGAUUUUAUACAUAAAGAUACUGUUGAAAGUCGACGAGCAUGCACAAACACUAAUCAUAACACUGUUUCUAUAGGUUUGUAUGCACGGAUUUGUAAUCUGAUCAUUCCAUGAAGAGAUCUCACUUUGUUCUUAUGUUGUUUACUUGCUUGUGUCUUACCUUUUUAUUUUAUCAAUAAAUUAAUUCUAUAACUAUGAAGCAACCCUGGAGUUAAGGCUGGAUUUACUUAAUCAUUGAAGAUACUACACAAGCAGCAUUCACCCUGCUUUAAACAUAUGUUACAUGCAUUUUAAAAAAUAUUUCAUGAGGAAUAUGAAGCUCUAAAGUUACUGAUUUAACUCCUCUGCUGUCUGAUUUGCCAAAAACCCUCUCGAUAUACUGUGACGCAGUCCAAAUAAUAAAUAAAAACACUUUCCUACUGCUUGUUUUCUUCAUUUAGUGUUCCCCUCAUAAUUAAAACAUGUUGAAAUCAUAAAAGAUCCCUUUAUAAUUACAAUCUAGCUUAAUUAUCUCAUAAUGAGAAGAAAUUUCACUCACGAUGGGAUGAACAUACUCAGACAUUAGCGGUUAACCUCCAAACUAUCAGUGUUGCAAUCAUCCAGCAGCUCAACAGGAAAACAUAGUCAGCUUUUUAGCAGCAGCUACUGCAGCACAUCUGUGAAAGUUCUAAAUUAGAUGCAGAUUUAUGCUUUUUACCAUCAAGAUUGAGGGUCAGAUUAGCAAAUUUGUGUCUUCAAUUAUGAGUCGUCAGUUAUGGUUCUGCUAAAGUUAGAAAUUCUGUUUCUGGACUUGUUUUUAUAUUCAGGGGAUAUUAAAUGCUUUUGUCUUUGUUUUUGAUAAUGAGGCAUGGACGUACUCCUGUUGUUCUAAUUGCAAAUUUGCAAUAAGAAUAGUCAAACCUUUUCUCCCCUGUGCUGUAAAUUUGCAUUUCUUUUUUGCUUUUGGUGAGUAUGUAAGCUUAAAAGAGUCACCAUGAAAUCAGGUGCAUGAGCUGCAAUUUUAAGACCAACUUUUUCAUCCAAAAAGAUGAUUUCUUUGUAACACUGCUACUUGGCAAUAAAGCUUGUUUAUUUCCCUUUUAAA